AUGGAGGUAGCAUCCCCAGGCCAAGGGGCAAAUGGCCACCCCCCACCAAUUGCUGAGCACUCCGCUAUAGACCCAGAUUUGGUGGUGCAGCACCUUGCAGAUCUUCUUGAAAUCACGCUGGGCGCUGCGACCGAAGAUCUGCAAGCAAAGGGCAGUCUCUUGUCAGAAUCCCAAAGGCCAGACACUGUUCAGAGAUGUACGCGUUUUGCGAGGGAGUCGCAAAUCGCACUCUAUGUUCAAAAAGAUAUUGUGCCCACCAAUAUACCAAAUGGACUGCCGAAUGGUCAUCCUAUCCCUGAGACCAUCCCGGCCUUCAAUUACACCCUCUCAACUGAUAUCUCAUUUGCACCAACAACAGUAUCUUCCAUAGCCCUUCUCAAGCGUCCCCAGCCUAUCGACCCUCAUCGACCACUUGCAACGCAGGUACAAGCGAUCAAUUUACCAGGCGCAGCCACGCUGAGUGAAGGAAGCACAGUGGAGGGUAGCUCGGCCUCGCCUUACGAAGUACUUUACUCUAUCAUACACUUUGCACUGUCACCAUAUUUUAAUGCCUAUUCUAAUGGCAAGAAACAAACGGUUGCUGGGAAUGCUCGUUCGGAUAUGGACGACAAGAUGGGCAUUUCGGCAGCCAAGAAGAAACUUGCCGAGUUAGAAACAAAUCUUCGCAGCCUUCAGCAAGAUUAUGAAAUACCAGAUUUAAUACUCCCUAUUCCCGAUCUUGUGCAAGAUACUCUCGACACGGCUGCAACUAAGAAUUUGAAACCGUCCGUGGAGCAAAUUCCUGCAGAGAUUCUUGCGGACAGCCGUUUCUUAAAUGACCUACAGACUGAGGUCAAUCACUGGAUUAAAUCAAUACAGGCAAUCACGAAGCUUUCGCAAGACCCCAAUAUCGGAUCCGCUACCCAGGAAAUCAAUUACUGGUCCGCAUUAGAAGAGAAGCUCAAGGAUGUUGAGUCACAGAUGAGGAAGGAGGGUGUGCAGCUAACGCUGGAUAUUCUACAGCAUGCCAAGCGAUACCAAGUGCGAGUGAGCUUCUACUCAGACACUGGUUUAAAAGAAGCCCAAGACACCGUUCAGAAAUUCAACCAGGUACUGGACAAAUUUCCCAUUGACGAGCUCUUAUCUGCAACAAAUUUACAGAAGGUCGACGAGGCGUUGCACUCGAACUUUAACCAUUUCAACAAGCGUUUAAGAAACUCUGCUUAUCCUAUCGCGCGAGCCUUGCCACUUGUCCAUGCAAUCUCGGUAGACCUUGAUGCUCGGAUCCAUGCUCUUCUGCGCGGGAGGACGCUGAUGCAUUUGGACUUCGUAGAGUUCGAAGCAGUAAUGGACCAGGCAGAAGCUAUUUGGCAUACUUGGGAUGAGCACGUCAAAGACUUCACUCAAGUGGCACGUGAACAGAUGAGGAAACGCGGGGAAAGAUUCAUGCCGAUCAAAGUCAAUGGCAGACAUGCGGGAACACAAGACCGAAUGACCUACAUCAAGACUUUUCGGAGAAACCAUGAGCAGCUGGAGAAGACGAUAGUGAAAGUGUUGGGCAGUAAAGCAUCGUCUGAUGCUGCAGCAGAAGAUUCUAGUGUAGCUCAGGUUGUAAUCAUCGAAGAAAUAGGGGACGUGGAUGCUGUACAAGAGGUAGCGCAAGCUUUUGCUGCUCUGAAAGAUGUGGAUGUUCUUGACGUCUCUCCGAAAGGAACAGACAUCUGGGCACAAGCUGAAUCUACAUACAACGAACGCACUUCUCGUGUUGAGAACUCUAUCAUCGCUCGGCUCAGGGAUCGACUUGCCACCGCCAAAAAUGCUAACGAAAUGUUUCGAAUAUUCUCAAAAUUCAACGCUCUCUUAGUCCGGCCAAAGAUCCGAGGCGCAAUCAGUGAAUAUCAAAGUCAGCUCAUCGACAAUGUAAAGCGUGAUAUCACUGCACUCCACGACCGUUUUAAGCAACAGUAUGGCCACUCAGAAGCUCAUGCAAUGGCACAGCUCCGCGAUCUUCCCCCUGUGGCUGGUGCCAUAGUCUGGGCUCGUCAAAUCGAGAGGCAGCUUCGUGGCUACAUGAGUAAAAUUGAGGAUGUCCUAGGUCAAGAGUGGACUUUGCAUUCAGAAGGUCAAAAGCUGGAGGCUGACGGUGUUUUAUUCCGGAAAAAACUCGACACACGACCAAUUUUCGACUCUUGGCUACAAGAUGUGCAAAAACGAAAGAUUCAGAUCCGCGGUCGUUUGUUCGGGCUGAGCAAGAACAGAGCGAAAGGCAAUGCCCUAGAGCUCAGUAUCAACUUUGACUCGCAGGUCAUAGUCCUCUUCAAGGAAGUUAGGAAUUUGAUAUGGCUCAAUUACCAGAUACCUCACGCCGUGGGCAGUGUAUCCAAAGAGGCUAAGAGGAUCUAUCCGUUUGCUGUCAGCCUUAUGGAAAGUGCACGAUCCCUCUCGCAGACGACGAGGGUAAUUGACCAGAUGCCUAACAUGGUAAUUCUUUUAAGCCGACAUCAGCAGAACGUGCAAAGCCUAAUCGAAACGGGCGUCAAUCUCAAGUGGGAAUCCUUUGUGCAUUCCUACGAUCUCAAUGUCAAGCAAGCCACUCCAGCCGCCAAUAAAAGCGCACGCAGCGCUACCCCUCGUGGCGAGAGCAAUCACAUUCAGUUUGUGCGUCAAUUUUCUUCCGCAGCCUCAAUUUUGCAGGACAAGACUUCUGCCCUUGAAAGCGUCAAUGGAACCGUACGGAACGCUCUGCAAGAACUUCAGUCGUGUAGAUAUUCUUCACCGGCUCUUUCUUCUCAACUGGACACUAUUCAACACGCUGUGGACUCGCUGAAUCUAGAGAACUAUGCCAAUCUCAAUUUCUGGGUUUCAGGAUUGAACGACAUAAUCGAGGGUAUCCUGCUCGAGCGUCUGAAAAAGGCUAUCGCAGUCUGGUCUGAAUCUUUCAUAGACCCGGAAAAUGAUGGUGAGAGACUCACGCCUGACGCUCCUGAUCUCCGACGUUUCACUCUUGAGAUACUCAUUCGCAAUCAAGUCGUGUUUCUUGACCCUCCGCCCGAGCACGCUCGCUCAUACUGGCUUGCACAGCUAUACGAGUACCUAAGCAUAGCAUGCAAUCUUUUCGUAAUUAAAGCCUCCCGGUACCAAAUGAAGUUAGAAGACGGAACAAAGCCCUUGAGCAACCAAUUUUCUCAUCUUCCUUCCUUAUGCAUUACGGAGAUUCGUGCUACCUAUGAAUUGAUCGAGACCAAGGUCGCGGAUAUAACGUUGUAUGUAGACAAAUGGUUCCAAUUCCAGUCUCUGUGGGACCUCGAAUCCGAACAUGUGUUCAAUACCCUGGGCGAAAAUCUCGCAAAGUGGUUGCAACUUCUACAAGAGAUCCGCAAAACUCGAGAAACCUUCGACACUUCGGAAUCCAAUCGGAAAUUUGGAACCGUCACAAUUGAUUACGAGCAAGUUCAAACCAAAGUCACCGCAAGAUACGACCAAUGGCAGCAUGAAGUCCGGAUAAAGUUUGCUGGCCGGUUGAGCAAUAGGAUGCGCGAAAUCUACGCCGAGAUUGAGAAAGCUCGACGAGAUCUUGAGGGGCAGUCUCUCGAAGCUUCGUCAACAUCUCAAGCGGUGUCCUUCAUUACUGUAGUACAGCAAUGCAGAAGGAAAGCCGAGCAGUGGGAGCCCGAAAUAGAGGUAUUUCGGCAAGGACAAACUCUACUAACCCGACAAAGAUACCAGUUCCCUUCAGACUGGCUGUUUGUGGAUCAAUUGGAUCAUGAAUGGACUGCGCUCUGCGAAAUUUUGGAACGGAAAUUGAAGGUCGUCAGUGACCAGACCGAUGCUCUGCGUGCGAACAUAAUUGCCGAGGACAAGGUCGUAAGUGGUAGAAUGACAGAUCUGAUCGCGGACUGGAACGAACAAAAACCAGUCUCGGGAACAAUCCCACCAAAUGAAGCAAUAUCGUCCUUACAAUCUUUUCAAAGUCGCCUGGCUACCAUGAGAACGGAGGUCGAUAUGGUUUCAAAAGCUAAGGAGGCACUAGACUUGCCCGCUGCCGCAACGACGUUACUACCCUCAAUCGUGGAAGAGGUACAGGAUUUCACGUCAGUGUGGACGGCUUUGUCAACGAUUUGGAAGAGCUUAAAUGAGCUUCGUGAUAAUCUUUGGACAAUCGUACAGCCAAGAAAGCUUCGCCAAUCCCUCGACGGGCUUGUAACUAUGACGAAAGAGAUGCCCAGCCGCAUGCGGCAGUACGCUGCAUUUGAACAUAUUCAGGUAGUGCUCAAAAGUCUACUCAAAGUCAACCCGAUCCUCUCCGAGAUGAAAUCCGAGGCUGUUCGCGAAAGACACUGGGUCAAAAUCUACAAAGUUUUGAAGCCGGGCAAACGGUACUCUCCGAUUUCCAUCAGCCUGGGUGAUGUAUGGGAUCUUCAGCUCGCGGCAAGCGAGGCAACCAUUCGUGAUGUUAUCGCACAGGCUCAAGGCGAAAUGGCUCUGGAAGAGUUUUUGAGGCAGGUGCGCGACACUUGGCAAAACUACUCCCUCGACUUGAUUACUUAUCAGAAUAAAUGCCGGCUAAUACGAGGAUGGGAUGAGCUCUUUGCUAGAUGUAGCGAGAACCUUAAUUCUUUGCAAGCUAUGAGACAUUCACCGUACUACAAAGAAUUUGAGGAAGAUGCAUCUUCUUGGGAAGACAGGCUCAAUCGAGUGCACGUACUCUUCGAUGUCUGGAUUGAUGUCCAGCGCCAAUGGGUUUACUUGGAGGGCGUCUUUACCGGCAACGCAGACAUAAAACACCUCCUCCCAGUGGAGUCAUCACGGUUUCAAAACAUCAACUCCGAGUUCCUUGCCGUCCUGAAGAAGGUCUAUAAAUCUCCGUUUGUGCUUGACGUGCUCAACAUCUCGGGUGUACAGAAAUCUCUAGAACGUCUUGCAGACCUGUUGAACAAGAUCCAAAAGGCUUUGGGUGAAUACUUGGAACGGGAACGACUAUCUUUCCCUCGAUUCUACUUUGUCGGCGAUGAGGACUUACUGGAGAUCAUCGGAAAUAGCAGUGACACGCUGAGAAUCGCCAAGCAUUUUCGAAAGAUGUUUGCUGGCCUGGCAGGCCUGCUCAUGGAUGAAGAGGCAAUUAUUACCGGCUUCACUUCCAAAGAGGGCGAGGAAGUGAAACUCAGGAGCUCUAUCUCCCUAAUCAAGACGCCUAAGAUCAACGACUGGCUUGCAGCCUUGGAGCGAAAUAUGAGGACGACCUUAGCCGAGCUUCUUAGUGAGGCAGAGACUUGCUUUGGAGAUAUCGUUGGCCUGCCCAUUAUUGAGCCAGGAACCUUCAAAGGAUAUAUUACUACAUUCCCCGCCCAAGUCGUGGUGCUCGCAACACAAGUAGUAUGGACUUCAUCGGUAGAAUCUGUGCUGUCUUCUGGAGGCCAAGGAUUACAGUCGCUGCAUGAAACUCUGGUCAGACUCCUGGAGCUUUUAGCCGCUACAGUUCUUGAAGAAUUAGACAUGCUCACUAGAAGGAAAUGCGAGCAUCUAAUCACCGAAUUUGUACAUCAAAGGGACCUCAUUAGUAAAUUGAUUGGUGCGAACGCUUCAAGUCCUACGCACUAUCUGUGGCUCCUACAAAUGCGAUAUGCGUACAGAUCCGACGGUGCGCCUCUUGAUCGCUUGCGGGUUCGCAUGGCAAAUGCAGAUCUUGCAUAUGGUUUUGAGUAUCUCGGUGUACCCGAGCGGCUUGUUCGAACCCCUCUGACCGAUCGAUGUUUUCUAACAUGUACGCAAGCCAUGGCACAAAGGCUCGGAGGGUCGCCAUAUGGUCCCGCUGGUACUGGGAAAACAGAAUCCGUCAAAGCUCUUGGCGUCCAAUUAGGGAGGUUUACAUUGGUCUUCAAUUGCGAUGACACGUUUGACUUCCAAGCAAUGGGGCGUAUAUUUCUCGGGAUUUGUCAAGUUGGGGCUUGGGGCUGCUUCGACGAAUUCAACCGGCUUGAAGAGCGUAUUCUGUCUGCAGUGUCCCAGCAGAUCCAAAACAUCCAGCUCGGCCUUAAAAGGGGCAUGGAAUCUGGGGAUGCACAAAUCGAAUUGGCUGGACGACAAUUUGACGUUCAUGGGAAUACCGGAAUUUUCAUUACCAUGAAUCCUGGUUACGCAGGUCGAUCCAAUCUUCCAGACAAUCUCAAGAAAUUAUUCAGAAGUGUGGCUAUGUCGAAGCCGGAUAAAGAGCUUAUUGCAGAGGUAAUGAUGUAUUCUCAAGGCUUUAAAAACGCGAAACAGCUCUCGAAACAAACGGUGCCCUUUUUCGAUAAUUGCGCAACCCAUCUCACUAAGCAAGCUCACUACGACUUCGGACUCAGGGCAUUGAAGAGCGUUCUUGUCAGUUCUGGGGGUCUAAAGCGAUCAAGACUGAUAGGCAGUCUAGCGAAUUCUGGUCCCGAGACUGAUCUAGAGCCUCAGAUCAUCGUUCAAAGUAUACGCGAGACGAUUGCUCCCAAAUUAAUUCGUGAAGAUGUUGGAACACUCAAAGAUAUUGAGCAAGAAGCAUUCCCGGGCAUUCACUACGUCUCAGCAAACCUUGACAAUCUAGAGGCUGCCAUCAAGAUUGAGGCUGCUUCCCGACAUCUAGUCAUCAACGACACCUGGAUGACAAAAAUCUUACAGCUUUAUCAGAUUCAAAGAAUCCAUCACGGUGUCAUGAUGGUCGGGGACUCUGGGUCUGGCAAGUCGUCAAUCUGGAAAGUCUUACUCCAGGCAUUGCAGCGAACCGAAGGCAUCGAGGGUGUAAGCCACAUCAUUGAUUCCAAAGUGAUGUCGAAAGAAGCCUUGUACGGCAGUCUGGACAGUACCACGCGCGAAUGGACAGACGGAUUAUUUACGAGUAUCUUACGCAAGAUCGUGGACAACCUGAGAGGAGAAAGUUCUAAACGACAUUGGAUCGUCUUCGAUGGAGAUGUUGACCCAGAGUGGGUGGAAAACCUCAACAGCGUCCUCGACGAUAACAAGCUUCUGACUCUACCCAAUGGAGAACGGCUCAAUUUACCACCCAACGUUCGUGUUGUCUUCGAAGUGGAGAAUCUGAAGUACGCAACCCUUGCCACUGUCAGUCGUUGCGGUAUGGUCUGGUUCAGCGAUGACACUGUUACAUCCUCAAUGCUUCUCGACAACUACCUUGACAGCCUACGAAAUGUCGCGUUCGAAGAGCUUGACGAAGAAGGAACUAGCCAAACGCCGACGAAGGCCUUGGGAAUGCAACAACAGGUAGCUGAUCUAUUACAGCAAUACCUAGGGACCGAGAAUCUUCUACUUAAUGUGCUUCGGGAGGCCCGCAAAUACAAUCACAUCAUGCAUUACACGGAGAUACGAGUGAUCAAUACACUCUGUUCUCUUCUUAACAGAGCAUGCAGAUCCAUCAUCGAGUACAAUUACCAACAUGAUGACUUCCCUCUCGGGCCUGAACAAAUCGAAUCAUUUCUGUCCAAAAAGAUGAUGUUAGCUUUAGUUUGGGCUUUCGUUGGAGACUGCCCACUGCGCGACCGAAGAGAGUUUGGCCUUUACGUUGGUGGCCUCACGACUUUUGGAACUCCACUUCUUAGCGAAGCUACCUCUCUCAUUGACUAUGACGUUUUUCUCCCUAAAGCGGAAUGGAUGUCGUGGCAGUCGCAAGUACCAUCGUUAGAAGUGAAUACGCACUCGGUAACAGAGACCGAUAUGGUCAUCCCAACGCUGGACACGAUUCGGCAUGAGGCUGUUUUGAAUUCUUGGCUUGCAGAACAUAAGCCCCUGAUCCUGUGCGGGCCACCAGGAUCCGGUAAGACUAUGACUCUCUUCAGUUCGUUGCGUAAGCUGCCAUACAUGGAGGUUGUUGGUCUUAACUUCUCGAGCGCGACGACCCCUGACCUCCUAAUCAAGACGUUCGAUCAAUACUGCGAGUACCGGAAGACGCUCAAUGGCGUUAUAAUGUCUCCUGCUCAGAUUGGCAAAUGGAUUGUGUUCUUCUGUGACGAAAUUAAUCUCCCAGAGCAGGAUAAUUAUGGCACGCAGCGAGCCAUCAGUUUCCUUCGACAGUUAAUCGAGCAAAACGGAUUCUGGCGAACUGUGGAUAAGACUUGGGUGACCUUGGAACGAAUUCAAUUUGUGGGAGCUUGCAAUCCCCCGACAGACCCAGGGCGAACUCCUCUAGGGCCACGUUUCCUACGACAUGCUCCUGUUGUAAUGGUGGACUACCCUGGAGAAUUGUCUCUUCACCAAAUCUAUAGCACCUUCAAUAAUGCUGUACUCAAGAUUAUUCCUAACCUGCGCGGAUACGCCGACGCUCUCACAAAGGCUAUGGUACAGUUCUACUUACAAUCCCAAGCUCGCUUCACGCCUACAAUCCAACCACACUACAUUUACUCACCACGUGAAUUAACUCGCUGGGUCCGGGGUCUGUAUGAAUCGAUAAAGCCUUUGGAAAGCCUCUCCGUGGAGGGCCUUGUGAGGAUCUGGGCUCAUGAAGCCUUGCGAUUGUUCCAAGAUAGACUGGUAUCAGAGGAUGAACGCCAGUGGACCGAGGAUGCUGUGAAACGCAUUGCAGUCCACCAUUUCCCCAACAUUGAUGACAGUGCAGCGUUGAAAGGACCGAUCUUGUACUCAAAUUGGCUCUCAAAGAAUUACAUCCCUGUUGACCGCGAGCAAUUGAGGGAUUUCGUCAAAGCGAGGCUCAAGACUUUCUGCGAAGAAGAGGUUGAUACGCCUAUCGUACUCUUUAACGACGUCCUCGAGCAUGUUCUUCGUAUUGACAGAGUCUUCCGACAGCCACAAGGUCACCUGAUACUUAUUGGUGUCAGUGGAAGCGGUAAAACGACUUUGUCGCGCUUUGUUGCUUGGAUGAAUGGCCUCAAAGUCUUUCAAAUCAAGGUCCAUGGCAGAUACUCCGCUGAAGACUUUGACGAGGACCUGAGGGACGUUCUUCGGAGAACGGGGUGUAAGGGCGAAAAGAUAUGUUUCAUCAUGGAUGAAUCAAAUGUAUUAGACUCUGGUUUCCUUGAACGGAUGAAUACUUUGCUUGCAAACGCAGAAGUUCCAGGUCUCUUCGAGGGUGAUGAAUUUGCAGCUCUGAUGACAGCUUGUAAAGAAGGGGCACAACGUCAAGGUCUUCUGCUUGAUUCUCAGGAAGAGCUGUACAAAUGGUUUACACAACAGAUCGUUAAAAACCUACAUAUUGUCUUCACCAUGAACCCUCCAGAAGGCGGUCUUUCUUCUAAGGCUGCGACGAGUCCUGCCCUAUUCAACCGCUGUGUUCUCAACUGGUUUGGCGAUUGGUCGGACCAAGCUCUUUUUCAGGUUGGCUCAGAACUCACGCAAUCCGUCGACCUUGAUCGCUCUGGCUUCAGCGCUCCAGACACUAUACCCGUAGCCUACCGUGAACUUUUACUUCCUGCGUCCCAUCGGAAUGCUGUCGUCAACUCGAUGGUCUAUGUUCAUCAUUCCCUGCAGAAACUCAAUCAAAGGCUGCGAAAGCAGCAGGGCAGAAUCACCUACCUCACACCGCGGCACUUCUUAGACUUUGUAGCUCAAUGCGUAAGUCUUUUCAAUGAAAAGCGAGAGGAUCUGGAAGAACAGCAGCGCCAUCUGAACGUUGGUUUGGAGAAACUGAGAGAUACCGUUGACAAAGUUCGCGACCUCCGAGCAAGUCUGGCUCAGAAAAAGAAACAGCUUGAAAAGAAAGAUGCUGAAGCAAACGAGAAGCUUCAGAAGAUGGUCGCCGACCAACGAGAAGCAGAACAGCGCAAAUCCGCUUCAUUGGAGAUACAGACUGCUCUAGAUAAACAGGAACAAGAAGUGGCUAGACGAAAAGAGGUUGUCAAUGAUGAUCUAUCCAAAGCGGAGCCUGCUGUCUUGGAUGCGAAGGAAGCUGUUGGCAAUAUCAAACGACAACAUCUGACGGAAGUUCGGUCCAUGGGAAAUCCGCCCGCGGGAGUAAGGCUUGCCUUGGACGCAGUCUGUACUCUUCUCGGUCACAAGAUCGAUGGCUGGAAAAACAUACAGGCAAUCGUUCGCCGUGACGAUUUCAUCGCAAGCAUUGUUGGAUACGACAACGAACGGCAGAUGACAAGAGGUCUCCGAACUAAAAUGCAACAGGAAUUCCUCACCAAGGAAGACUUCACUUAUGAAAGAGUCAACCGCGCUAGUAAGGCUUGUGGCCCACUGGUGCAAUGGGUUCAAGCUCAGGUCAAUUUUUCAGCAAUCCUUGACCGGAUUGGACCACUUCGGGAUGAGGCAGAAAAGCUCGAAGAGGACGCUCUCCAAACUAGAGCGGAAGCCAAAGCUAUAGAGAACAAUAUCGCACAUCUGGAAGAUAGCAUUGGGCAGUAUAAGUCAGAAUAUGCGGCUUUGAUCAGUGAAACCCAAGCAAUUAAAGCUGAGAUGUCCCGUGUUGAGAGUAAGGUCAAUCGAAGUGUGAAGCUACUCGAUUCCUUAUCGGCUGAGAGAUUGAGAUGGGAAGAUGGGAGCAAAUCUUUCGAAACUCAGAUCAGUACCAUCAUUGGCGAUGUCUUGAUCGCCGCUGCCUUCUUAGCUUACAGCGGUUUGUAUGAUCAACAGUUUCGCAAGGCAAUGGUCGACGAUUGGCUCGGUCAAUUAGCCUUGUCAGGUAUCUCCUACAAGAUGCACAAUCCCAUCACGGAGUAUCUCUCAAGUGCCGACGAGCGUUUACAUUGGCAAGAGCAUGGCUUACCCGUGGACGACCUCUGCACGGAGAACGCCAUCAUUCUGAAGCGUUUCAAUCGUUAUCCUCUCAUCAUAGAUCCUUCAGGUCGAGCAAUCGAAUUCCUGCGAGAGGAGAACCAAGAGCGCAGGCUCACCAUCACAAGCUUCUUGGACGCUUCUUUCGUCAAACAACUUGAAAGCUCCCUCCGAUUUGGAAACCCCAUAUUGAUUCAAGAUGCGGAGCACAUGGAUCCCAUUCUGAAUCAUGUGCUGAACAAGGAAUAUCAGAAGACUGGAGGCCGCGUUCUUAUACAGCUAGGGAAGCAAGAAAUCGAUUUUUCGCCCGCGUUCAAGGUUUACUUGUCCACUCGAGACCCCUCAGCCACUUUUGCCCCAGAUAUAUGCAGUCGGACAACUUUCGUCAACUUCACGGUGACACAAAGUAGUCUACAGACCCAGUCUCUCAACGACGUUCUGAAGUCGGAGAGACCUGACGUUGAUCAGAGGCGCAGAAACCUGAUCAAGAUGCAAGGCGAAUUCAGUACCCACCUCCGUGGUCUUGAAAAACGGCUACUUCAGGCGCUCAACCAGUCCCGGGGCAAUAUCCUUGAUGACGAUGUUGUAAUCGAGACGCUUGAAACUCUUAAACGUGAAGCCGCCGAAAUUUCCAGGAAAGUCUCCGAGACGGAUGGCGUUAUGAACGAGGUUGAGAGUAUCACCAAGCAAUACAGUACGAUCGCUCAAGCUUGCAGUAACGUUUUCGCUGUUCUCGAACAGUUGCGCUACCUGCAUCAUUUUUACCAAUUCUCCCUUCAGUUCUUCCUUGACAUCUUCAACACAGUCCUACACCGGAAUCCGAGGCUGAAAAACAACAAUGACUACGAGCAACGCGGCGAUACCAUAUUACGCGAUCUAUUCAUCAUUACCUACCAGAGAACGUCUCUAAGCUUAUUGCAAAAGGACCGCAUUACCUUGGCGAUUCUGCUUGCCCAUGCCUCACCGUACGCGAUGGACAGAACGUUGAUAGAUAGGAUAUUGAGUCCGUCGAUGCAGGGAAGUGACGUUGCUUCAGAUUCCAAGCAACAAGAUGAAGCAAAAUCACUAGCUGCACGCGUGCCUACGUUCAAACCGCAUCUGUCGAUCAUAACGCCGCAAGAGUGGAGUCGAUUUUUUGCAGAAGAGCUUGGUGAGAUUUUUGUGCCUAAAGUCUGGGAUUCAGCAACAGCCAAGGUGGAUCAACAACUGCGAUCACUUCUCUUCGUCAAAUUGUUUCGACUCGAUCGAUUUGUCCCAGCUGCAGAGAAUUUUGUGACAUCCUUGUUCGGCAAAAGCAUGUUUGAAGGCACUGAUAGCCUUCAAGAAAUUGUCACUCAAGUGCUUUCUACCACGCCAAUAGCACUUAGCUCAAGCCCCGGAUUUGAUGCAAGCUACAAGGUUGAGAAUCUAGCGGAGAAACAGAAGGCUCGUUGUGCGUAUAUCGCAAUGGGCUCUAUUGAGGGAGUCGCCAGCGCUGAGAAAGCUAUCAGUAAUGCAGCUGCGACCGGUUCCUGGGUCCUUAUCAAGAAUGUUCACCUGGCUCCUCAGUGGGUGCAGAGCUUGGAGAAAAGGUUGGGCUCGUUAAAAUCUAAUCCUGACUUUCGGGUAUUUCUUUCGAUGGAGACAAGCCCCAAGAUUCCCGUCAGCCUGCUUCGAUCCUCGCGCGUCUUGAUGUACGAACAACCGGUAGGGAUCAGAGCCAAUAUGAGAGACUCUUUGUCGACCUUGUCCGUUCGUGGUAUGCAAGGUCCAAGGGAGAAGGCAAGAUUAUAUCUUCUUCUGUCGUUCGCCCAUGCCGUCAUUCAAGAACGUCUUCGUUAUGCGCCCACACUUGGAUGGAAGGGUUUUUGGGAAUUUAACGAUAGUGACUACGAAUGUUCAGCAUUCAUAAUUGACUAUUGGGUCGACGCAGUCGCACAAGGUCGUACUAAUAUUGCGCCUGGUAAAAUUCCUUGGGAUCUCAUUCGAGUCCUGAUCGGCGAAAUUUACGGUGGCAAGAUUGACGACGAUAGUGACUUUCAACAGCUUGCGGACCUCAUACGCUCUUUCAUGACGCCUGAGGCGUUCGAAUUGGACCAUCAACUCGUUAGACGUGCGCCCCUGGAAGAAGCGAAGGUAUACAGCGAAGGAGACGGUAGCUUGACCGUGCCUGAAAGCAAUGAUAUGAAGGACUUCACGACGUGGGUUGACAGACUACCAGAGCGGGAGCCGCCAACGUACCUUGGCUUACCGGCAAAUGCGGAAAAGCUGCUACUAAUUGGACAUGGGAAGCAAACCAUACAAAACUUGGUGAAGAUGACGGAAUUGCUUGAGGAAAAUGAGCAGCUCAAUGCGGAGGCUGAAGUUCCUCAAGAUGAAGCAUGA